AUGACUUUCACCAAGUCAUUGAAGAAGCGCUUCAGCGCCAUUUCAGGAGAGGACAGCUCCCCUUCAGUCAAUGCCUGCCCAUGGCUACUGCAUUUGAGUUUUCUUUAUGCUUUUGUGAAUCGUUUGAACCACCUUAACAGCAGUUAUUUGAUAUUCUACACAGCAUCCACAUUCAACAGCUGCUUAUUACAACCUCCCUUUCACCAAUGGUCAUUCAAGCGUGAGGAGGUUUUUGUACAGCCUCUCAAUGAGCUUGUAUCACUGUGGUGGACUUUUGGUAGCGGCACCAGACUGGAUGUUGGAACCACCAGGCAGCCCAGUGUGACGGUGCUGCCUCCCUCCAGAGAGGAGCUGUCCAGUGGGGGCUCUGCCACACUGCUGUGCCUGGCUGACAAGGGCUUCCCCUCAGACUGGAGCCUGAGCUGGAAGGUGGAUGGCAGCAGUAGGAGUGGAGUGGCCAGUGCUGGGCUCAUGAAGGACGGUGUGUACAGCUGGAGCAGCAGCCUGACCCUCACUGAUGCUGAGUGGAGAGGAGCCACCUCAGUGGUGUGUGAGGCCAGCCAGGGAUCCCAGAGAGCCGUCAGCAAAGCCCUGAGCAGAGCUGACUGCUCCCAGUAGCCUCCAGCCUCUCCUCUCCUCUCCUCUGCUCUGCUCUGAUCUGCUCUGCUCUGCUCUGCUCUGCUGACUCCUCUGC